AUGAACGCAGGCCUGGUAGCCCUGCUGCUGCUGUUGCUCCUGGUGAUGGCGCUGGUGAGGCGCAGGCAGGGCGCGCGGGGCGCUAAGAGGCGAGGUGCCCUGCCUCCCGGGCCCGCGCCGCUCCCGCUGCUGGGGAACUUGCUGCAGCUGCGCUCUCAGCGCCUGGACUGUGCACUGAUGGAGCUCUCUGGCCGCUGGGGCCCGGUGUUCACCGUGCGGUUAGGCCCACGCCCUGCGGUGGUGCUGUGCGGCUACACGGCGCUGCGGGACGCAUUAGUGCUGCAGGCGGACACCUUCUCGGGCCGCGGGGCCAUGGCUGUCUUCGAACGCUUCACACGCGGAAACGGCAUCGUCUUUUCUAAUGGUGCGCGCUGGCUGACCCUGCGCAAUUUUGCACUUGGAGCCCUGAAGGAGUUCGGGCUAGGAAAGCGGACCAUCGAAGAGCGUGUCCUGGAGGAAGCAGCUUGUCUACUUGGUGAAUUUCAAGCCACCGUUGGAGUCCCUUUCGACCCGAGGCGGCUACUGGACAAUGCUGUGUCCAAUGUUAUCUGUUCGGUGGUCUUUGGGAGUCGCUACGGCUACGGGGACCCGGAGUUCCUGAGGCUCCUGGAUCUCUUCAAUGACAACUUCCGCAUCAUGAGUUCCAGAUGGGGCGAGAUGUACAAUAUUUUCCCUUCUUUCCUGGACUGGCUCCCGGGCCCGCACCAUCGAAUCUUCCGAAACUUUGCAGAGCUGCGGGUCUUCAUCUCUGAGCAGAUCCAGCGGCACAGACAGACACGCCAGCCCGGGGAGCCCCGAGAUUUUAUCGACUGCUUCCUUGACCAGAUUGAUAAGGAACCGCAGGACGCAGAGGGUCAUUUUCAGGAGGAGACCCUGGUGAUGACCACACACAACCUUUUCUUCGGAGGAACGGAGACUACAAGCACCACUCUGCGCUAUGGGAUUCUCAUUCUGCUCAAGUACCCGGAGGUGGCAGCGAAGUUGCAGGCGGAGCUGGAUGAGGUGGUGGGUCGAGCCCGCCCCCCGGUUCAGGCCGACCGCGCACACCUGCCCUACACCAACGCGGUGCUUCACGAGAUCCAGCGUUUCAUCAGCGUGCUGCCACUGGGGCUGCCGCGCGCCCUCACCCGCGACACCCACCUGCGCGGCCACUUCCUGCCCAAGGGCACCUUCGUGAUCCCUCUGCUUGCGUCAGCGCACCGCGAUCCCACUCAAUUCAAGGACCCGGACAGUUUCAACCCCAGCAACUUCCUGGACGACAAGGGCGAAUUCAAAAGCAACGAUGCCUUCAUGCCUUUUGCCCCAGGAAAGCGGAUGUGCCUGGGUGCCAGCCUGGCCCGAAGCGAGAUCUUCCUCUUCUUUACCGCCAUACUCCAGCGGUUCUGUCUCCUCCCUACAGGGAGCCCCGCAGACAUCGACCUAACCCCUCAGUGCACUGGGCUGGGCAACGUGCCCCCUGCCUUCCAGCUCCGCGUUGUGGCCCGGUAA